UUUCGUUAAGCUAAAAGUUUAUGCCGGAGACUUUUAAGGCAUAUGUUGAACUCAAUGGAGGCGGAUGCAGAAGAUCCAGAAAUAUGGGAAUCAUUUCAUCACCGAACGAGGGAAUCCGUGGUGUUCUUCCUAUUAUUUAUAUUCCUGUAUGUUACAUCAUAUUGUCUUAUAUCAGCUUUCAAACGAAAAAUUGAUUUUUAUGCAGGAUCAUAUGAAGAUGCUGUGGUGUACAGAAUCUCGUUAUGGAUGAACACAUUCUCUUUGGGAGUUUCCAUUGGAGCGGCUUUACUUCUUCCUAUAUCAAUUAUUAGUAAUGAAGUUCUUCUUUAUUACCCAAAUAGCUAUUAUGUGCAAUGGUUAAACAGCUCUUUAAUUCAAGGUUUAUGGAAUCUUGUAUUCCUGUUCUCAAAUGUUUCAUUAUUCAUACUUCUCCCAUUUUCUCACUUUUUUAUUGAGUCAGAAGGAUUUCCAGGUUCACCUAAGGGUAUUAUGCCAAGAGUCUAUGAAGCAGUGCUUGUUUUCAUUUUACUGGCAGUGCUGAUAAUGGGUUUAAUAUACAUAAUAUCUGCUAUAUUUUUUGAUAGCAGUCAUUUUGGAACUGAAUCUAUAUUUAAUGUGCCGAGUUAUUAUUUACCAUUCUUGUACUCCUGUGUAUCAUUUAUUGGUGUUCUGAUGUUAUUAUUGUGUACACCUGUUGGUUUUUCAAGAUUAUUUACUGUGAUGAGUGAUCUCCUUGUGAAGCAUGAGACUUCUCCAAUUCAAGUUCACUCAUUCCUUACUUAUCAGGAAGCUAUGAAGUUAACAGGCCAGUCUAGUUCAAGUACUGCACUUUCCAUUGAUGAUGAAAGUGGAAAUAUUUCAGAACCAUAUCAACAUAAAAAUUUUAGUUUCAUGCAAAAUGUUAGUAAUAUCUUCCGAAGGCGUAAAGAUCCAGCAUAUUUCUAUUAUUUGGAUUCUCCUGAUUAUAAAUCUGGAAAUUAUGAAGACGAAAUUGAUGAGAUGAGAUUUUCAACAAGUGGUUAUUCAUCCAAAAAGUCAAACCUUAGGAAGAACUGUGGUUAUCCAUUUGUAAUGUUGGUUUUACUAAUUUUAACGACUUUAUCAGUUUUAAUGGUAACACAAAAUACUCUUGAACUAUGCUUUGGAAUAAAAGCUUUGCCUAUAUAUUCUCAGAACCUCUCUCUGGGUAUCAGUUCACUUUCUGCUUUUGGUCCAUUUGGAGCAGCUGUAGAAAUCAUUCUUAUUUUAUAUCUUUGGUGUGCAUCAAUUGUAGGAUUAUAUUCUUUACCCGUCUUCCAUCACUUGAAACCAAAGCUCCAUGGUACAUCAGUGACACAAAUUAUUGGCAACUGUGCUGUGCUGUUAAUUUUGAGCUCUGCUCUACCUGUAUUAGCUCGUAGUUUAGGUAUUACCAAUUUUGAUCUUCUUGGAGAUUUUGGUCGAAUCAACUGGCUGGGAAGUUUUUACAUUGUUUUAUUCCAUAAUAUAGUUUUUGCUGUCACUACUGUCCUGUGUCUUGGAACCAAGGUAACUGCUGGUGUACGUCGUGAGUUAUACAAUAGAUUAUGUUCAAUAACCUGGAACCCUUUUUUAUGGCUUUUAUAUGGAUUAAUUUCCAUGUGAUCUUUUAAAUGAAGAAUGUUGUUAUAUUUCAUUUUGUAUGCAUUAUUUCUUAUUUUUUUUAGACACUGUUGUGCUGUGUUUGUAGCAAUUAUUACAUAUCUGGAAUAUGCUGUAACUGUGAUAUAAUAUUUAAAGUAACUUAUUUGUAUGCAAGUUCAAAUGUGUAUUUAUGUAAUUGCUUUAUUUUUAAAGUGUUAUAGUUCAUAGUGAUUUCAUUUCCUGCAUUGUAGAAACAAAUAGAAUAUGAUGAGUGCUCUAUGACAAUGAAUAUCAAAAAUAUUUCUAAUAUGAAUAUAAAAUCCACACCCCAAAUUUUUUUUAAUGAAUCUUUUAGAAAAAUAAUGUGUGAUAAUUUUGAGAAGUUUAAUAUCUAACUUAAAACUUUUAUAAAAAAAAUUCUAUUUCUCUUGCUGGUAGGAAUUUAAUUGCACAAAGCAUUUAAGAUUGAGUAUGUAAGUUUAAGGUGUAACUGGAUGCAGAUUUUAGAAUGAAACUAACUCCCCCCUGGUUGCGAGUUAUUCAUUACUGUAAAAGCCAGUAAUGAAUCAGUAAUGAAUAACUCGCAACUAGGGGGGAGCUUUGAUGAAUGAUGGAAAUACUAGAGUAUUUUUGAUUAUUUUAUAAACUCUUGUUUUUUGAAUGAAAAUACAUUAAUAGGGCUAUACAUGUGUAUGCUUUGAUCCUACAUAGAACUGUCAAAGAUUUUUUUGUCAUAGUUAAUUAGUAAAUGAGGAAAGUUUAUUGUUUAACCAAUUGUUGCCAAGUAUAGAACUGCUUUUGGGAGAAUUAUAUAAUUUUUUUAAUUGUAUGAUUUUGUACCUAAUCUAGGCUUUCAAAAAGUGACAGUUGUAUAUUUUCUUUAAAUUCUGACUUUUGCAUUAAUUCAGUUUGGAAAAAAGAAUAUAAAAUACCAGUUUAGAAAUGAUAAUGCGAAAGCUGUAACAAGACAUUUUAAAGCUUUUGUUUAAAUAUAAUAUUUUGAAUUUAUUUAAGAGCAUGUAACAUUUAAUUUUCAGCAAACUAAGCAUCCUUUAAUUAACCAGAACAUUUAUGAAAUGGUUCAGAAGGUGUAUGAUAAAGAGAAAAAACACAUUAAGUACUGUCUUAAGAUUCAGCUUUUGCAUAAUGCAUGUCAAAAUUAUUCAGCAUAUUUAUCUCGAAUUAUAACUUGUCCAUAACUUACAAGCAUAACUGAAAUGUACAGAUACUGUGUGGAAUAAAUGUAUGUUAUAAUACUUAAGUUUUUGAAUGAACUGGAUGUGUAUGUAUGUAUAUGCAUUACAUAAAUGUGAAAACUGACUGUACAUCUGUAUUUAGCAGUGGAUGAGUCAAAUCCUGUAGAUUUUAGCAUUUCGACGAUAAUUUUUCAUAAAUUUCAAGACAUUAUAUGAUUUACAAGCAUAACAUGAAAGUCGGUAAGUAUAUGUUGCAGACUGCUGUGGGGUAAUAAGAAAUAACUAUGAAUAAUUUUAAAAAGUGUUAUAGGGUAGCAGUGGGAUUAAACUUUGCACUGACCCAGUGAGCAAUGCCAAGAAGAUCCACAAGUGUGGCCUGCAUUGAACCUUGUCAUACUUUCCAAGUCUUUCUUGAGAUGACCAUGCCACAUAGGGUCUGUCAUUACUGCGAUGAAACAAUAUGCUGCAACUCGGUAGGCCUGUGAUUUUUGGUAAAUUGAUUGGAUGUUGCCCAAAACUUCAGCAUUAUAUUACAGUAUGAUGCAGCAGUCGUAGCCACGUCUUCUGAAAAUGGCUUCACAGCACAAAAAGCACACCACAUCCAAUUGACAUGCCUUAAUGAUCAGUAGCAUUGCUCACUGAGUUGGUAUAAAGGUUAAUAGUAUUGCAAGGACUAAUCACAAGUAUAUGAUCAGUAGCAUUGCUCACUGAGUUGGUAUAAAGUUUAAUAGUAUUGGAAGGACUAAUCACGAGUAUUUCUUAUUCAACAACAGUUUGCAACCUAUUUAUUGACUUGACCUCAUUAUUUUUUUAGUGUGUAUUUAGGGUAAUUUUUUGAUUAAAUUGUGUAAAAAUUGCAAAUUCUUGUGAAGAUGUCUGUCUGUGAAUAAUCUCCUUUUCUCCGUAUUCUAUUUUUUCUGUUUCUUGAUUUGUAUUUACUAACUUCCAAAACUUCUGUUAUUUUUCAAUUAGUGUCUAUGCAAGUAAUAAGAAUUUAAGGUCAAUAUCUUUUUUUUAAUUAUUUUUUAUUUUUUUAUUUUUUAUGUUUGUCUUUUCUUUAAGUUAUGCAAUGUUUUCAAAAGAUCAGUUUCUCCUGCAUAAAAAUUUUAAUCUCUUCAUACUUUAGUUUACAUUAUUAAAAUUGAGUAUUGUUUUGCUCUUGAAUGGUAAAUUACCUUAGCAAUAGCUUCCAGAUGUUAUGUUGUAUUUUUGGAAAUUUAUAAUAAUAGGUUGAGCCAUUUCUUGGGUUAUUUUAUGUUUAUAUUGGACAAUUUUGAAUUCUCUCUUCAUUGUAAUUUCUAUGCCAUAAAAUCGUUUUUCUUUCAAAGCAAAUAAUAUUCAAAAUUAUAUAAAAAAAUUAUCAGAAAUGCAUAAACUUGAUUUAAUUACGCAGUAGUUGUUUCACAGUGCUUCAUUUUAAUCCAAGUUACUUCCUCUUAUGUAUUUAAAUUACUUACCUGUUUAAAUACCAAAAGCAUUCAUACGGCCAUCAGUAGAAACCAAGACCAAGCCUUGAAGGUUGGUCUGAUAGGAUUUCCUUUUAUGAGCAUUGUCGUAAAAUUUCUUUUUCUGUCGGGUAUAUUUGCUGAGGUUAAGCUUAAAAAAUCAGAUUAUAAAAAUGAUUUAUUCAGCACCAUGCUGAUUGGUAUCAUUUUAUAUAAACUGUGAAUUUUUUUUAUGCUGAGAUUUAUAUAUGUUAAAAAUCUUCCCUCUAGCAAAGCAUGUUUAUUAUUUUAUGUUAUAUUUAUUUUAACUGCAUUGCCAAGGAGUUGAUUUUAAAAGUUAAGAAGCUUUAAGUAACAAACAGUAUUUCAAAGACAUAUUGUUUGAAGUACUCAUUCCACUUCCCCAGGGAGCUUGCAGUAAGUAAAGUUAGUUCUUUGGAUGAUAUGUGUUAUCAUAAUUGAACUUUAAUGUAAUAUUUUUUAAGUGGAGUGAAAGAUUUUUUUUUUGGGGGGGGGAGGGGUAGCAGACGUUCUUUUCUGGUUGCAUUUAGUCCGUGUGUCUAGGGUUGAUAUGUCAAAUGAAUAAAUUCUGAGUUUCACAGUGAUUAAUGAAUAUUUUCGUCUGUCAAUAAAUAGUUUUUAAAGGAAAUUAUUUCUAUUUCAGUUUCUUAAGUAUAUGAUGUAAUUUUAUGUGUAGUAGAAAAGUACUAGAUAUUGACACAUGGGAGAAAUAUAUUAAUUUCCAUAUUAGUUCAUCUAAAAGUGAAAUAGGACACAUAAAAAGUUUAUGCAGAGUUACUGAGAGAGGAGUGUAAAAGUAGAGUAUAAAAGAGGGUUUAUAAUCUUUUAGGCUUUUAACAGUAGUGCCCGGCUAUAGUGAAGAUUCAGGUUUUUUCUUUUUUCUUUUUGAGUGAAAACACUAUAUGGCUAUCUAGUCAAGCAAAUAUUUAUUUAUUAUUGAAGUUCUUAUUUGAAUUAACUUUAUUUUUCCAAAUAUUUUAUUAUUUAUAUAUUUAUUUAUUUAUUGGUUGAUGGUAAAAUGUGAGUCACUCAAUUCGAAAUAUAGAAUUCUAUUGUUAAACAUUUGAUACUCAGAACAUUGUUUCAUUUUAUAUCUCCUCAGUCUUGUGCUGUUAAAUGGCCAGUGUUAUACUAAAAAUGAAGUCUUGUAUAAAUUAAUUGUAUAACAAUUUAAAAUUAUGCAAAGGUAUUAUGCUAUGUGCCAAAGUUUCAUAAUAUAAAGAACAAAUGAAUGUUGUGAUAACAUAGGCAACUAUUACAUUAGCUGAAGAAGAAAAGCUUUGUUGUAAUUACAAACUUUUGAUACUUUAUUUGGGAUUUUUUUAUCUUUUAAUUAGAAACAAUAUCAGUAUUAUGACCAUUUUUAGUAGAAAAUUUUAUAUAUUUGAAUAUAUAUUAUCAGGAAGCAAGAGUUAAGAGAGAAAGUGGUAGUGGUGAUAGAAUAUACAAAUAUGAAUAGUAUCUGUAAAAUAAAAAGAUACAGCAAUUUUUUACUUUUGUUUACUGCACAUGUUAAAACUUAGAGAAGCUGCAAAAUGUACAUUCAUUCAACAUAUUCUAUUUGUUUUCCAUCUAUUGAAUUUUAUAUUUUUUAACAUAUCAUGUAAAGAAUUACAUUCCAUGUUAUAUUUCACUCAAAUACGUAUACAGUUGCAAAAGAGCUUUUAACCUUCCAAAGUACAAUUAUCAUGGUUUUUUAGUGAAUAUAUUUCAGAAUACUAAUUGGAAUUAAUUCCAUAAAGCUGAAGUUUCAUCUGUAUAUAUUUACAUUUGUCAUUCAAAGUUCACAACACCAUGCUGUGUAAGUGCUUUAUGUACAGAUUCGCUGAAAUAAUGUUCCUCUUGAAGUUUUUUUUUUUUUCCAAAGCAUUUUAUGUGUUUGAUUUUUGUACUAAAGUACCAUUUUUGUAUUCAUUUACAUUAAGUUUUUAAACAUCUUUUCAAAAUUUCCCCCAUUUUACUCAAUAAGCAAUUAUGUCCAAAUUGUGUGUGUGUUCUUCCCUUAUUUUAAACACCAGUUUACACAAUGUAGAAAUAAAAAGUACUUUAAUAAACCAGAUUAGAUACUUAAUACUUUGUAUGCCAACACAUUCUCUACCAUCCUGAAGUAAAGAUUGUUUGAAAUUAGGGUUUCUUUCCCUGGCAAAAAUUACUCAAAUUUGUGCUCGGGUUAUCCAUUCAAACUAAAUAAAAGAAUUUUUUAAGUGGCUGAUUUUCCAAUAUACUAUUUGACUAACAAGCAAGGAAGGCAUUUGAUCUAAGCAAUAAAUUUAUGUACUUUGUGAAGAAAUGUAUGUUUAUUAUGUCAAAGAUCUUGAAAAACAAAAUUUAUGGUAGUAAAUAAUUUUCUCUUCAUGCAUGCAUUUUAGCUUGCCUAAAAUGUAUAAUUUUUAAUGAAACAGAAUUUGAGGCAGUUAGCAAAUUUCAAGACACUCUUUGACAUAAUCUAAUACAUAGCAUCAUAGUUUGUUAUUCUUUGCAUUAAUAAAGAGCUUGCCAAUAUAUAGGUGUAAUUUCGCACAUUAUCUCUAAUUGGCUAUGCCAACAUACUGAGAUACUGACUAAAGGAUACUGUAAUUGGCCCAAAAUUGUUAUUUUUGAUGCUGAUAAAUUUUAUGUACAUAAUGAUUUUCAAAAUUUAAGGUAAUUAUGCCAUGUGAUUUUUUAUGCUAUUCUUAAAAAUGUAUUUAUAAUGUUUAUAUUUUAUGUUUGUGAAAGAGUUUGUUUAUUCUUGAUUACACUAUAUUUUCCAGUCUGCUAUAUUAAGUUUUAUAUGAUGUAUAUUUAAAAUGUUGAUUGUGAUAAGAAUUUUGGAUAUAUGUAUGAUAUAAAUAAUGUGUGUUUAUAAAUUGGAUAUAUUUCCAGGGCAUCUUGCUAAGGCUUUAGAAAAAUUCCUUCUAAAGCCACUAUUUUCAACAACAUAUUCUAACUUGCAAAAGCUUAAGAAUGACUAUGUAUUUUCUGGUUGUAAUUUCAAUGUUUAUUUAAAACAAUUUUUCACACAAGGUUUGUUUAUGCAUAAGGUUAUAUCUUUGUUAACAAGUCAUGACAUUUUAGUUUCAUUAAAGUGAACUUUUGAGCUUAUCAUGACAUAAAAUUAAAAUGCAUUAACUACUGUGUACUGUUUUUUUGGUGUAAAAUGUCAUAUUUUAUACACUUUUUGUUAACAUUUUUGUAAUACAACUAUUUGUGUAAUGUCAUAUGAAAGACAGAAAUAAACUUUUUUUAUACCGAG